GUAACAAAUUCCAACCAACAAAACAUUGGAGAGUGGAAAAUAUUAGACUUUUGGUGACUAAAAGAUGUGCCAUGGAAUGGUAGCAGCAAAGGGCACCACGACGUCACUGCUUGCCUUGUUCAGUCAUGGAUUAUUUUUUCCAUUGGUCAUCUUCAGUACUCCUGGAGUGGAAGGACUGGUCUCAUCUUGUCCACAGCCACCAGAGCCAGAGAAUGGAGGUUAUAUAUGCCAUCCAACAUCCUGCAAAGACCCAUUGGUAUCUGGCAGCGUCAUAGAGUAUGUGUGUGAAGAAGGUUUCAUGCUGAAAGGAGACUACAAAUAUCUGACCUGCAAGGAUGGAAAGUGGGAUCCAGUCAUGGAGGUGACCUGUAGACUCAACCAAGAUAAAGAUUCUCCUCCAAGUAUAGGAGUGCCCACUCUAUCCAUAGUGGCUUCCACAGCAAGCUCAGUGGCCCUCAUCCUCCUUCUAAUUGUACUAUUUGUUUUGCUGCAGCCAAAGUUGAAGUCUUUUCAUCACAGCAGGCGUGAUCAAGGUGUUUCUGGGGACCCCGUUUCCAUCAUGGUAGAUGGCGUUCAAGUGGCUUUGCCAUCCUAUGAAGAAGCUGUUUAUGGCAGUACUGGGAACUGCAUCGCUCCCUCAGAUUCACGGGUGCAGAUCGUCCUGUCAGAGGGAGCUGGGCAGAGUGGAACAAGGGAUAUGCAGCAACCACCACUGGACCAAGUGAAUCAUAGCUGCUUUGCUGGGGAGGAUGAAGUCCCUGGACACUCUGGACUGUGUGAAGCAAGUAGUUCUCACCAUUCAGAGGCUGUUCUAGUGCAUCAAGCCACUUCCUCUUCCUGGGUAGCUGGUAUGUCUACUAGUAGGUGUGGGCACAAAGAAGCUCCGGACUCAGAAAGCAGUGAUGUACAAAGCCUUCUAUCACUCACUUCCUCAGAGGACUACCCAGAUGAUAUUCCAUUGUUGAAAGAAGCCUGAGGUCUGUUGCAUUUAUCUAGCCUUUUUUCUCCAUUUCUCCUUGCCUCCUUGGGAUGGUGAGCACUCAGUGCUAGCUUCCCCCACUCUCCCACGCUGUGCUCCGAAAACCUCCAAGCAAACACUUCUUAGCUGAAGAUCCAAAGGAUGCCACCAGGAUGCCUCCUCAAUUCACCAGUGGAGGGCGUGCAGGGUGCCAGCCUUCCUCCCCCCACCGCCAGUUUCAUCCGCUGUAAAGGAGGGUUGAGAUUCAGUGACUUGAGCGCCGGCUGCCUCUUCCUGUCCUCAGCCAGAUGUUUGUGUGGUCUCAGGAGAGCUGCUGUUUACUUGUGCCUUGCUCCUUCUCACACCGGCUUGUUGCAGCUUCUCACUAGCCUUUCUAGCUUCUGGACUUCUGCUCAGAAAAGCAGAGGCCAAAAAUUGCUUGCUGUGUUGGGUGCAGAUAGUGUCCUUCCAUUUAUCUUCAAGAAGGCAAGAUGGAACUCCUGUAGGUGGGCUGAGAGGGAAGGGAGCCCAGAGGGAGUCACACAUACAUAUUCUAGUUCUGGAGGUCUUUCAGAAUUGUGUACCUACCAUAUAACAUAGCUGCACAUUAAUAUGUUAGGCAUCCUGGGCUUGGUUAAAAGGCAAUCACAACUGGCCAACUUAUGGGAGGGGCAGCCCCUUACUGACAAACUUAGGCUGCUACCUUUUCUUUAUUUCCCAAUGAGAGGAGACUAGAGCAUCUUUGCUGGAAUGAAAGUACCUAUACCUCUGCAAAUUUCCUUUUUUUUUAAAGUGCAUUGUUCAUCCAUGAAAAAUCUGGGGUUGUGUCAAUGUACAGAACUUGGAGCAAUUUCUCUAUCCUGCAUAAAACAUAGGAGCACCUGUGUGUGUAAGCCCAUGUGGAGAACAGAAUGAGUGCCCUUCUCUUAGAAGUGCCUCCCCAUCAGCAAUACCCUAGCUAAUCCAAAGCCUUUCAUCUUCCCACUUGUGUAGAGUUCCAUGAGUGCACUAUGCUGGUGUUUGAGUUACAUUCACUGCUAUAACCACCUUUGGCUUCAACCCAAUAUAAUGGGAAAGUAAUUUUGCAUCGUUACUUCUGUUGUUGCUUCUCAUAUAUGUGGAGGCAAUGCCAGGACUUUUGAGUUUUUUUAGCUUGGGUUUUUGUGUGUGUCUCCAUAUUCUAUCAUAAAGCAAGUCAACAGGAAAAGAGAUCUAGUAUGCUUGUAACUGGUGUGCCUGAUUGCCUUGGAUAAAUUAGCUAUAGUCUGCCUUAAUAAUUUGGAAUGGAAAGAGCCAUGUUGCUGCUUUGUUUGAUGGAAGAACCACCUCACUUCCUUUUUUACAUUGCAUGCUGAUUCCACUUCCCUAUGCAGGGGACAUAUUUGCCUGCCAUCUUCCCUUCUGACACAAGCAUGUUGUGCUCCUCUUCAUCUGGCCUCUGUGAAUUAUGAAUUAUCAAACUUCCUGAAUGAACUUUUAGGAUACCUGUAACCCUAUCUGGCUCCUUCUGACAUGGUUGAGGUAGUCCUAAAGGACAGGGUGCAGUGUAUAAAUACAUAGCAAUGGAAUGUUAACUUCAUUCCAGUUGACACGCUACUUUUCAUUUGCAUUCCUCAUUCAGAUGGAAUGGUUCAUAAAUUGUUGUGGUAUAUUAACAUCCUUGAAAUGGUAUUCUGGAAGCUGAAUCUGUAGUAUUGAUUUUCUACCACUAGGCAGUUAUUAGCACAACCUUUCUGUGUGUCAUGCUCCGCAUUAUUGGGAAUUCCAGGACAGCUUAGACAUUAGCCAAAUAUAUGAAGCCAUUCACUUUGACUUGGACCCUAAUUCUGGAAUUGAUGAGUCAGUUGAACUGCUUGAAGAGCAGCUAGCAUGGCAUAGUGGUGAGCAUGUCAGACUAGGACCUGGGAUGACGGGGUUUGAACAUCCACUCUGCCAUGGAAGCUUGCUAGGGGAACCAUCACAAUCUCUUGACCUAAGGUGGAGGAGGGGAGAAUGAUCUGAAAAACUACGUUGGGUCCCAAUCAAGGGAAAAAGCAGGAUAUAAUUUUUUUAAAAAAAUUAAAAAUAGUUGAGACCACAUAAAUUUUUGAACCAUUCUCUCUUUUAAAAAUAAAACUGGCUGUUUGAGGAAUGGACAUAUGUAGACUUUAUCCUUUUCUGGCUAACAAUGUGAGAUCCUUUCUUGUGUCUUAUAUUAUCUAGUUCCUCAGUUAAUUUAUAGAAGGCAGAGAUGGCAUCAACUUCUGGGUACAAUGCUCAGGUUUUCUGUUCUUAAUGCUUAGGCUAGAAGUAAGUGGAGUACUUUGUUAACUGUGUGAUAACUUUUUGAAGCAUAUGAGAACUACUGAAUUGGAUGGACCACUGGCUGUGCAGCUGUUAUGUGCCUAAUAAUUCAUGUAACCCCUUCCAGCCUUGUGUACAGAAAACCAGGUGCUACAAGCAUCUUGUCUCUUUUGUCUUUGUGAUAUGGAAAAAGGUGGUCUUUGGAUUCUGCAGGCUGACCUUGACCCUUAAAUUCUAGAAUGGCACCUCUAAAUGUCUCCCAUGUCAUGUUGGCCUUUCAAUUAAAUCUAAAAUGGUGGUUGAUCAUAUGAAGCUGUCAUUAUGCUCAGUCAGGCCAUUGGUGCAUCUAGCCCAUUACUGCCACCUUUAACCAGAAGUCUUUCCUAGCCCUGCUUCUUGAAACGCCCCCCCCCCCCCCCCCCCCAGAUAUGCCAGAUAUUGCACUUGGUACCUUGUCCACUACCAUUUAGCUGUAGACCCUCAGUUAACCAGCACAUUUAGAAGAAAAAAUAUAGUCGCUUUACAACCCCGCCCCCCCAGCUCAAUGCUUCCUUUCCAUUAUUUAACUAUUCAUUUCCCAUGUGGUGACUUAAUAGAGUGAGCAAGCAACAACGUGAUUAACUGGUUGUAUGUCUUGUGCUGCCGAAGAGUGAGAAUCUAACCAGUCUCCUUGUGCCAGAGAAAUCUAUGAAAUCAGAAUAAGAUUCCCCUCACUCCUUAAGUCCAAUAGCAGUUGUCUUGCUUACCACUUAGCAAAUAAAACAAAGUAUGAUUACAGAGGCACUUUAAGACCAGUUUUAUUCAGGAUAUGAGCGUUCGCGCACAUAAACACUUCCUCAGUAGUAAAUCAGCAUGCAACAUAAUGAAGAUAUUUAUCAGAUUUCUGAAUCUGAUAAAUAUCUUCAUUAUGUUGCAUGCUGAUUUACUCUCAACCUCUGCCUGUAUGUAUGGACUGGCAAAUUCCAUUUCAUUGUAUCUGAGGAAGUGUUUGUGUGCAUGAAAGUCCAUAUCUUGAAUAAAGCUUAGUUGGUCUUAAAGGUGCCUCUGGAGUCAUCCUUUGUUCUGCUUCUUCAGACCAACACAGCUACCCACCUGAAUCUGUCACUUAGCAAAUAGUUAUUGAAAUGCUUCACAUUUAUGUGUUUUGUGUACAACACCAUUAUGGCAGCAGUAUCUUCUGGAACAGUUGAUGAUGAAAUUGGGGCACUGCAUAAGAGAAUUUGUGAGGCAGGAAUAUCUAAAAUUUGACACUUGAGAAUCCAUGCAAGUCAGAAGAAGCAAGAUUUUCAUGUUCCCCUUUUAGUGUCUAGGCCUCAGCUUUGAAUUAACAUUCAUGUAAAAUAAGUUAGAACAAGGGAUGGGGGAAGAGGUCUUCCUUAGGACCUUUUUUUCUUUUUUAAAUUGCACAUUUCUUUUAAUAUUAUGAUUAUGGUACAUCUCUUCAAAGAUAUGAAAUAUACAAAAAAAAAACCCCAUGGGUGGAUGACUAACUGGAACAUGCUAGACAUCUAGAUGCAAGCUGCACCCACCAAACUCCUGACUAGGAUCACUUCCAACAAUGCAUCUUUAACAAUGCUCUCUUAAGACUCCCUGUACAUAAUAUAGGAUGGGAGGUGCUGAUGCAUGUUAUAAACCCCAGGAGAUGAUAGUAUGGCUCAGCUGCUCCUAUCUCUUUAAAAAGCCUGUGCUACUCCAACUUGUCUCCAGGCAGUGUGUGUUUAGAUACCAUGUGAGAAUAAUUCUUCAAAUGCUGGGUGCAAGGAUCACAAAACCUAGAGCUUGAUUCACCUUUAUGUAAGCUUUCUGUGGCAGUCUUCAUGGAUGUGCUGGGUAUCACAGUAAGGACCAUUGCUUGACACCAGUGAUGUAACAUGUCAGAAAUACAACUACUUUGUUGCACAGUAUUUGUCAUAAUAUUUAAAGCUACUUUUGUAUGUGGGAAGAGCAUUCCCAAGGCCAAAGACCCAGUAACUGCAGUAAAGGAAUAACACGUACACAAUUCAUGUUGUCAUUGUAAAAUAUCUAAUUCCUGUUGGGGAGUGUGUCCACAACAAAAGCUAAUGAUUAUCAUUGGUGAUCCUUGCUGCUCAGUGUCUGGUGGAGUUGGUGGACCCUGGGAGCGGGUAGCUGAAAAAUGUAUGUUAUAGGUUUUUUAUAAUUUUAAUUGUCUUUCAGAGAAGACAUGCACCCACGUUGUUCAGAGGUACUAUAUCUGGCAGAGUCUGGGCUAAUUUGCAUUUUUCCUAGAGCUGUGUGUAGUGACAUCAUAAAAUGUAAAGGGCUGUGAUGUGUCUAUAAGCAUGCAGUGGAUACCUGCCAAGAUACUGCAAACCACAGCAGCUCCCCAGCACUUAUGUACUGCAUGUACCAAGUGGGACAUGCAGUGUCUUCCCUUCACAUACUUUACAUUGUUUACUGCAAACAUGAUGCCUUGUCGAAGCAUGCAUUAACUUUCAUUCUCUUACUGCUUUUGUAGUAGCACCGUAUACAUACCCGUAAGGGGCCCUGCAUACUGGAGUUCUUCUUGGGUAUUUUUGUAUGAAUCCUGCUUUAAUUCAAUUUGAUUCAUAUUACAUAUUGUUCUGUGGACUUCAUUCAGUGCUUUGUUCCUCCUUGUCUGGGUUUGUUUUAUUCUUUGAUUUUGAAUGUGGCCACCUUUGUCAUUUUACUACAGUUUCAACGCUUGCUCCAAGGAGAUGUGUAUAGAAUAAUUAAGCAUUUCUGUGUUUAUAUAUAUAUAUCUUGAGAGCCUGCUGUUGACCUUUCCUUUGGGUGAGCUAAUGAGAGGGGUGACUUUUGUUCUGCUGGAAAUGUCAUGGCUUGCUUUUCCCACCCUUUUGCUUUGAAGUUCAUGCAGUCCAGACCAAACAUCCCAUUGAAAUAUGUGCACGCACACACAAUUACACAAUGGGCAGGCUGCUGGUAGCUAGAGAUACAAAUACAAUGGGAAAACCUGGUUGCCUUCAGUGCUCUUUAUUUGUUUGUAAUCUGAGUUGCACCACUUUGGAAUUAUUUGCAGAAAGGUACUCUUAUAUAUGUGGGAUUUAAAAAAAUACAUAAUGCUGUGCAGGAUGUCAGUCAAUUUUAUUUUGCUUUAUUUUAUAUAUUAUAUAUAUAUGUGCGUGUGUGUGUAUGUAUUUAUGUAUGUGUGUGUGUAUAUAUAUACACACACACACACACAUACACACACACAUAUAUAUAUAUUCUGGUAUCCUGUACAUUGCAGUGGGUGUGGAGAUAGUAUUUUAAUAUUUGUAUAAAGUUUAAUUUAAUUUCAAUUGUUCUAUGUAUAUAACUGCAUUUCUAAAUUAAAAAAAAGUCUUUUGAA